AUGGAUGAUGAUGUGGAUGAAAUCUUGAAUCAAAAUAACGUUCAAAAUACUCAAGAUGAUGAUGUUGACAUGGACGAUGAAUUGGAGGAUGUAGAUGUGGAUGUUCCGAACGCCGAAGAGGACGAGCCGAUGGACGAGGAAGAACAAGAUGAAGAUGCUGAAGAUGCCGAUGAUGACGACGAUGAGGAUGAAGAUCGGAGCGAUGACGAAGAUGCUGAAGAUCGAAGUGAGGAUGAUGAUGAUGAUGAUGAUGAUGAUGAUGAACGCAGUGAUGACGAUGAUGACGAUGAUGACGAGGAAGAAGAUGAAGAACAGACAGAGAAUGGUGAAGAGGGCACGAGAACGGGGGAAAUUAAACAAUCUAAUACCCACGAAAUUGGAGAUGAUGAUGCCGAGAGUGCCGAAAAGGAAUCCGCAACUUCUGAGAAGGAUUCUCCAUCUUCUUCAGAUGGGAAAUCUACUGAAAUGUCAAAGCUGGAUAAGAUACAUCAAUAUUAUACGACUCUUUAUAGAUCUGCAUCUGUAGCAGAAUCUUAUAAUAUACUUCCAACUGCAGCAAUACCAAUACAGACUAAUGUACAGGCAUUGACCAUGUCCAAGGGUCUACGGUAUCUAUUUCUCGGUGGGUCAGACGGGUUUAUAAGGAAGUUUGACUUCUUAAAUACUGUGGAUGGUAAGCUAUCACUAACUAUUCAGCAGAAGAACGCAUUGGUGGAUUCAAUUGUCAAUGCGGGUAUCUUGACUUCUUAUUGGGAGAAUGAAGUACCGCAACCUCCGUCAAAAGUAAAAUGGGUAAAACAAAAGUCGGAGUAUCUUCCUCUCGUCUCACCUGUCCACUCCUUGGCGGUUCAAAAUGAAUGUUUGUUCAUACUAGCCGGACAAGAAACUGGCGGUAUCGUAAUGCAGGGUGUUAGAUAUUUUGAAGGGAGGACUGCACACUAUUUUAAAGGUCAUAAAUCCAUCGUUAACCAUCUUGUACUUAAUGAUGAGGAAACUAGGUUUUUAUCGGGUUCUUGGGACAAAACCGUCAUUGAAUGGGAUUUGGAAACAGGAACUGAUAUAACCAAGUUCAAUGCUACAUCACAGUUGUCUUCAUUAGAAUUCAGACCCACCAAUGCCGCCUACGAACUUCCUGAGCCUAACUUGAGUGGACACAAUCCUGAUGUCGAUAGCAAUAAUGUAGUUGGCAACGGAGAUGCAGCUGAUAUCGAUGAUGUUGAUACUAAUUCAUUGUUUGGUGAUGAUGAUGAUGAUGAUGAUCAGGAUGAUCAACACGUAGCUACCAACGAUAAUACCGAGAAAGCUGAAGAUAAUACUCAACAAGAAAACAAAGAUAAAAAUGAGAUACAAGAACACACAUCAGAAAAGAAGGUCGAAUCAGAAACCAUUAGUAAGAAUACUUUAGCUUUGAAAACGGAUGAAAACUUAUUUUUGACGUCUUGCAUUGAUGGUAAUAUUCAAAUCUGGGAUCGAAGACAACCCUCGAGCGAAAUUAUCAAACUUGGUCGUAAUGUUUCAACACCGCCAUGGUGCAUGUCUGCAUGUUGGUCAGUAGACGGGGGUAAAGUAAUAGCAGGUAGAAGAAAUGCUGUUGUAGAAAUAUAUGAUUUAAGAAAGCCCGAGGUAGUGGAAAGCAAAUUAAAAUUGCCAUCAAUUUCAGGACCCGUUUCUAAAGUGAAGGCAAUGCCUAACAAUAGCCACGUUGUUGCGGCAUCUAACGAUAACAUCAGAAUCUUUGAUAUUAACCAUAUCGAUAAAACCCCACUUAUUAUUCCAGGACAUCAUGGUGGAUGUAUCUCAAAUCUUUAUGUGGAUCCUACAUGUAGAUUCAUGAUUAGUACAAGUGGUAACCGAGGCUGGCAAGGUACAGCGACCGAUGUAACUUUAAUCUAUGAUAUUGAACUAAAUUAA